AUGUGGACACCAUUUCCCACACCACCAUUGUCGGAUACUGAGAAUGAUCUCUACUUCGACGACUGUCUCGAUCUCCUGUACGACCGUGAUUUUAUGCCUGAAGAACGUCUUCCACUAGAAAUACAUGAGCUCCAUAGUUCACUGAACAAACCAGCUAGCCCAGUGAAGAAAACUCCUCCUGCGCCUGUGCCAAUGAGCAGCACCGCUCAUAUGUCGUCAUCUGAUGCGGCUGUGAUGAGUUUGCUCCAGCAAGCCCUUCACAAUCCUCCCCAGUCGUUUACUCCACCUCCAGUGGCUAACAGUCCAGCUCCUUACUCACCGGCUGAAUUCGAUCAGUAUAUGCAAGGUUACAGCGAACUCAAAAAUGAGAGAUCCACGAGAAAGGAACGUCGAACUGCACCACGUCAGGUUGAACAGAAAGGACGUGAACUGGCCAGGCCGGUUACUCCACCACCGGCUGUGAGAGAAGAACUUGAUUAUGAUGGACCGGAGUGGAAUAUCAUCGAAGAUCAGGCUUUGCUUACGGCUGUGAGGAAUGAAGAGAUCAUGUGCCACAAUUUCGAGCGAACAAAAACAUCGUUGCGAUACAACUGGGAAUAUGUCUCUGGAUUCGUGAAUAGAGUGACUAGAUUCUACAGGUAGGC